CAAAGACAUCGCAACCGCAUGUCCUUUGCAAGUCUACCGUUACCACCAUCCAUGCGCAUCGAUAGCUAUCUCCGGUGGCUCAUCCUGACGCGUGUCGGCAUGGCCCCCCCACCCCCCAAUCGCCAUCAUGUCCAUUAAGCCCCUGCCCGAGGACGUCAUCCGUCGCAUCAGGUCCUCUGCCACCGUCACCUCUAUCAACGGCGUUGUCUGCGCACUCGUUAAGAACGCCCUCGAUGCACACGCCACCAGGCUCAAUAUUACCGUUGACUACUCCCGUGGGAACUGCGUUGUUGAGGAUGACGGUCUGGGAAUCUUACCCCUCGAGUUUCGAGAGCCGGGCGGACUGGGCAAGCAGCACCACACAUCGAGACACUCGCCCGAACAUGAGUGCUACGGCAUCAACGGCAACUUUCUCGCCUCGGUCGCUGCCCUGUCUCUACUCACCAUCACUUCUCACCACCAUCUGUACAACUCGCAAAACUCGCUCACCAUCCACAACUCAAUAGUCUUGGCCCGCAACACCCCAGCCCUGCCAGAACAGCGUCUGCUUACCUUUAGCCAUGGGACUCGCGUCACCGUUAGAGAUCUUUUCGGUUCCAUGGCUGUCCGAGUCAAGCAGAGGGCUGUGGCUUCCGAGAAAGCCGCCGUGGACAAGGAAUGGGGCCGUUUGCUGCGCCAUGUCGCCGCCCUUUUGCUGGCUUGGCCUUCGGACGUGACCAUCUCCAUCCGAGACACCGUCAAGAACAACGAGACACGCUUCCGACCCAGCACUUUAUCCAAGCUGGACACAGUGACACGUUCUUCACGGAUUCUGUCCCAAUCGGGUCUCGUCGACGGCUUGGAUCGUGUGCUCUGGACUCCCAUCGGCGCGUCGGUCGGAGAGUUGACCAUCGAGGGCUGUAUAUCGUUAAGUCCCGUGGCCAACCGGCAGACUCAGUUCAUCAGCUUUGGCAUUCAUCCUGUGACUAACGAGCAUGGUACAAACGUCCUGUACCAAGAGGUCAACCGCGUUUUCAUCAACUCCGGUUUUGCAAUAGAGGAGGAAUCAGCCGUCUCUAGAGGCUCGCCCCUCGUGGUGCUUCCGACAUUGAGACAGCCCUCGGACAGAAAUGCUCGGCCCAAGCGUGGCCUGGAUCGGUGGCCCAUGUUCUACUUCCGUAUCAGCUCUUCUUCGCGGACCUGGCCGCUGUCGGGCGCCUCUUUCGAGGAUUUCUUUAAUGACCGAAACCGCACUCUUGCAGACAUCAUCGACCUGCUAAAGCUGGUUUGCUACGAGUUCUUAAAGAAGCAUCGCUUCCGUCCACAUAGUGUUACCACUUCCCUUCGUGGGUCUUCCAGUCAUAAGCAGAGAGAUGAAGUCGAGACAGAGCCCCCACGCAGGGAUGCUAAGCGGCCACAGACAGUCCCGUUGACGGCUAGUCGGUCCAACUCUGCAACGCCCAUCUCGAGAUCCGAGUCUCCUUUUGAUCUAUGGCAACGAGUGAAGGUCGGACGAGUCCUAGAAGGGAAAACGAAAUCGGGCGCAUCAACUCCGGUGUCCUCCCAUGCAAAUACCACCACACCUCUCAUGGCCGAGAGUCCCGGGGAGAUCGAGACGAUGCAGCCCAGCUUGCGCUUUCUUGACGAUGCGGGUAAUCUACUGCGCAAACCUUUUGAGGACAUGUGCUCGGAUUCCCCGCCGAAGCAGGGAUCAAAAGAGACAACUUGUAUACGCCCAACGAUCACCACCGCCAAAAAAGAGCCGUGUUCACAUCUUGAAUCGCAUCCCGAACCUUUGAGCCUUACCAGGGACGAUGAAGGAGUCUCGCGUUUAGGCGAACGCCCUGAUAAAGCUCAAUUAUCGAGCAUUAUUGAUAUGGAGCCUGUUUCGACCUCCCAAUUCUUCAAAUCAAACAAUUCUCAGUCGCGACAGCGGCCUAGUGAAUGGCUCAAAGGGUUGCUCUCUCAAUGGGAAAAUCCCGUCUUCCAAAUUGCUGAACCUCCUGUACGUCGUUUGGAUGACGAAUGGUCAUAUCGAGCAGCAAUCCAAUCUCUCGAUAUGGAAGCCGGAUGCUCCCAUGGAACUCAUACUUCGAACAUCAAAUUAUCGGGGCGCAUCUCUAAAGCUGCCCUGGUGGGCGCGGAAGUUGUCUCUCAGGUUGAUCGUAAGUUCAUCUUAGUGAAACUUAGGCGAGACCAAAUAUCCGGCGGUGAUCUAUCAGGCUUGCGGGCCAACUCUGUGUUGGUUCUUAUAGAUCAACACGCUGCCGAUGAAAGAUGUCGACUUGAGACCUUGAUGCGGGACUAUUUUCAUCCAGCAAAAGGGUCCAAGGAGGUGGUUGCACGAUCGGAAAUGCUCGAGAACUAUCUUCAAUUCGAGUUCUCGGCCAAGGAAUGCAAAUUGCUGCGCAAGUAUUCAUAUCACAUACGCCGAUGGGGCAUCUUCUAUGAGGUUGAAGAGCCGGAGUCAGCUCAGUGGCGGCACAAAAGCAAACAGCUCCCCAAGGUGAACGUAACAAGUCUUCCGCCGAGCAUUGCAGAAAGGUGCCGAUUAGAGCCGAGGCUACUCGCCGAUCUUCUUCGGCAGGAGAUAUGGAGAGCAGAGGAGGAGGGCGUGCCACCAGCUCGACCCGUUCCCCUUGCCAAUGGAGUUCUUAGUCGCGAAGUUGACUGGGUUUCCAACUUUCACGGCUGUCCUCAAGCAAUUCUCGAUUUGCUCAACUCGAGAUCUUGUCGCAGCGCCAUCAUGUUUAAUGACGUCUUAUCCAGGGGCGAGUGUGAGUCUCUUGUGCUCCGUCUCAGCCGAUGUUCAUUCCCUUUUCAGUGCGCGCAUGGAAGACCAUCCAUGGUGCCUCUCGUCGACAUGAGGACUCUGAGCUCGAACCAGAUGACAGAGCGGGGCAGUUUUGGCAGCCGCUUGAAGCAAUCCGGCUUAUUGAAAUAAGAUAGAUCUCGCUAUUAAUGGUGUCGGGGGUUACACAAACUGCUUUGGCAAAGACGCCCCAGAGCAAUGUGCAACUAUAGAACGAGGUUGUUGUUACAGUCGCGGCCGUAGAAGAUACACCAUUAAAAAAGUACGGAUGUGGUGCGUGCUCGUGGGUUGCCUUCUU